GUGUGAAUUCGAAUUUUUUUGGCAGCCGGCAAGACCAUGACGUGCGAAGCAAAUUAUACCGCAUGAUUUUGUACGCUUAUAAUAUAAUUAUUAUACGUUCCAAUUACCGGCUUUUGUUCUUGCGUGCGGGUUAUGUCGACACUGCACCCGGUCAACGAUCAACAAAGUGUUCUUUGAUUCAAAAUAUCAUUUCAGCCUGCUCACGUGAGAAUAAAAAUUGUUUCUGUGUGUGACCAAAUAAGCUAUACCGUAUAACAAAAUAGUCUAACAAUGCUGAAAGUACCAUCGUUAGCCGACUUCGAUUCUCCGGAACUCGAUGAUUGCAUUACUGCCAGUUACUCAGAAAAGGGCCCAAUUUAUUGCUCAAGAGAAGAUUUGCAAGCUCAGAGACAUGCUUUCUUCAGAAUCUUGCAAGAUUUUCCAUCUGUCAAUAUUACUCUUGAUAUGUUGGCGACUAGAGAGUCUGCCUGUUCCAUUGGUGCAAGAGACUUAUUUUUACCUGUUCAAGAUAGUCCAUUUAAAAAAAUUAUUAGCAUUUGGAGAGAAAAAGGGAUAGUCGAAGCCAUUCGCACUGCUGCAGAUGAAAACCCCCAAGAUGUUUCUUGGCCCAUUCAUUGGCUAGCUACAAAGAUUGUUCAUACAAUUGAUAUGAUAGAAGCUGGAAGUUUUUGGAGUAGCGUUUUGCCUACUUCUGGAUCUGGUUCUGUUGCAGAUGUGGCUGCCAACAGUGAUUGGACAAAUGCUUUGAUACGUUGCAUAGCCUGGCAUCCUCAUUGCAUUCGAUUAGCUAUUGCCACAAGAGAUGAUAGAAUAAGAAUAUUAUCUACAAGCAAUAUUGGAACGUCUGCCGUUUUGAGACACAGUUCCCAAAAGUCUGUAUGCUGCAUGAGCUGGAGACCUCACGCGGGUCGAGAAUUAGCAGCAGCUUGUCAGAAUGGAGUAUUAAUUUGGAAUAUAGAAUUAGGUGCUGCAAGUAACACAUUAAGUCAGGCUUUCAUGCUGAAAUACAGAAAUCAUGCACCUGUCACAAGUGUUUCUUGGAGUCCACAAGGAGAUUUACUUGUAUCUUGUUCCUUGACUGAUAUGAAUAUGAUUAUUUGGGAUGUAUCUAUGGAAAGCGGUGUCCCAUUAAGACGAGUCGGCGGAGGUGGUUUGUGCUUCACUCGUUGGUCGUCUUGUGGCUCCAGAUUGUUGGCAACAACUUGUAGAAAAAUAUUCAGGGUCUGGAAUACUGGAACUGGUGAUGCAUGGACAGCAGAAAGAUGGACAGUUCCGGGAGGAAGAGUUGCAGCUGCAUGUUUUGGACCAAAUCUAACAUUACUUUUCACAUCAACAGAAGAUCCUGCAACAGUAUUUUCGUUACCUCUACAAGAACAAGUAUUUGAUAGCAAAGUAGUGAGCAGUGAUACUAAAGCUGCUGUACCAUUAAUAGAUUUAAGUAAGGUUUCCUUUGCUUCUGAAAAUGAGGGAGAAGAAAUUUCAGUAGGAGGCAGAGUUGUAGCAAUGGAUUGGGAUCCCAAAGGAAAAUAUUUAGCAAUAAUGUUUCAGAAUAGUCCGAUGAUCGCUAUAUUUAAAACAAAGAUUGGUUCAGUUUCACGGAUAACUUCAGUAAGCCCUUUGUGCCUUGUAAAAGGUUUUCUUGGCGAGGUUCCAAACUGCAUUGAAUUUUAUCACGAUUAUCAACAGAAGUCAAAUUACACAGUUUUAACUAUUGCAUGGAGCAGUGGUUUCAUACAACAUUUUCCAAUCUUAGAAAGUCACCAAGAACCACAAACGGAACUUUCAAAAAGUUUAGCCGCGAAUACCUUGUCAAAUACUUUUACUGUUGUUGAUGACCUACAAAAGUCAGUUUACACGAGUUUUAUUGGUUAAAUGUAAGUUUUUCCAAAAGAUUUAAAAAAUAUUUUUAGCAAACAAGUAUGUGUAUUAUUCUUAGCAGUAUCAUGACGCGUUUAUUACUGUUUAUAUUGUUUCCUCAACCAUGGUAAUUGAUAAAGCGUUGAGUUUCGAAUAUCCAAUGACGACUGUCGAUGCAAAUUCUUCAAUCAUUGCAUAUCAGUAUACAAUUUUUUUUAAAUAAUAGAAUUAAUAUUUUUGUAAGCCUUAUUUUAUCGUUGUAUCGAUAAUUCGUCGUCUGGUACUAAAAAAUGAAUAAAUAUUGGUUGGAUUUUGUA